AUCUGCUUCAAAAAAAGUUGACCAGUUUUUUUUUUCAUCCUCAAACCCGCCUCUGCAGCUUACUUUUACUAGCUUGAUCCUCGCGCUCGCUGCGCUUUCAUCGUCCUUGCCCAAUAUCACACACACACAUUAUUGUCAAUACUUUUUUUUUACCCAGAAUGAAGACUGAAUUCAAGUUUUCGAAUCUCUGCGGAACAGUGUACAGAAAGGGAAACCUUGUGUUCAGCCCCGACGGCAACACGAUCCUCAGUCCCGUCGGCAACCGCGUGACAGUCUUCGAUCUGGUGAACAACCGCACAGAGACACUGCCGUUCGAGAACAAGCGCAACAUCCGGCGCCUCGCGCUGUCGCCCAACGGAAACCUUCUUUUGUCGGUUGAUGACCUGGGCAACGCGCUACUGAUCAACUACCGCAAGCGCACGAUCCUGCAUCACUUCAACCUGAAGGACAAGGUGCGGGAUAUCCAGUUUUCGCCCGAUGGCAAGUACUUUGCCGUUGGUCUGGGCCGACACAUUGAGGUCUGGCGGUCCCCCGGAUACACGCGCGACUGGUCGCCGGACUCACGGUUCUUCUUGACGUCGGGCAAGGACAUGACGACGAAGGUCUUUUCAGUUGAUCCCAUCGAGGGCUUCACAGCAACGACCAUGUCGGGCCACCGCGCUGUGGUUGUCGGCGCUUGGUUUGCCAAGGAUAUGCGCGCCAUUUAUACGGUUAGCUCAGAUGGCGCCGUCUGUGUCAGGCGGUUCCGCGUGCACGGUAUUGCCGAUGAUCUGAAGUUUGGCGAGUUCCCGCGCGACGUCGAGGGCAAACUGCUGCCCACCAAGUGGUUCACCGAGCAGCGCCAUAUACGAAGAUGGACUCCCGGUCCAGAGCGCAGCCUUCAACCCGGCCACCACCUGCUUGUCUUGGGAAUGACCAGCGGCGUGUUUGGAAUCUGGGAGAUGCCCGACUUUAAUCAGAUCCACUCACUGUCGAUCUCGCGCAAGAAGAUCAACACCAUUGCCAUCAACCCAUCGGGCGAGUGGCUGGCCUUUGGUUCGGCCAAGCUUGGCCAGCUGCUCGUCUGGGAGUGGCAGAGCGAGACCUACGUGUUGAAGCAGCAGGGUCAUUUCUACGACAUGUCGUGCGUCGGCUACUCGGCGACGGCCAGUGAUCCUGUCUGCUUCUCUGACGGCACCGUGAGGGCUUACGACCUGGUGCGGUACCGCAACUUCCGCAUCUUCACGUCGCCCACGCCCGUCCAGUUCAACACCCUGGCGGUCGACCCCAGUGGCGAGAUUGUCUGUGCCGGAUCCCUGGACUCGUAUGAGAUCUACAUGUGGAGCAUGCAAACGGGCAAGCUCUGGACCGGGCUAGUGUUCCGCCCCGACGGCCUGUCCCUGGCAUCCAGCUCCUGGGACAAGACCGUGCGCAUGUGGGAUAUCUUUGACCGCUCCAAGAUUGUCGAGCGCCUGGAGCACUCCAGCGAGGUGCUGACUCUGGCGUACCGCCCAGACGGCAAGGAGCUGUGCGCGUCGACGCUUGACGGUCAGAUCCACUUCUGGGACGUUGCCAAGGCAGCGCCCACGGGUACCAUUGAGGGCCGCCGCGACAUUGCCGGCGGCCGCAAGGCCGGAGACAAGCGCACGGCUGACAACACGUCGUCUGGAAAGUGCUUCAACUCCUUGUGCUACUCCGCCGACGGCACUGCUGUUUUGGGCGGUGGCAACAGCAUGUUCGUGUGUCUGUAUGACCGCAAGUCGGGCAUCCUUAUGCGCAAGUUCCAGAUUACAAAGAACCAGUCAUUGGAUGGCGUCCAGGUCAAGCUCAACUCCAACCUGAUGACGGAGGCUGGCUCUGCCGAUCUCAUCGAUUCGGACGGCAUUGACAGCGACUCGGAGAAGCUUGCCGACAGCAGUCUGCCGGGUGUCAAGUCGGGCGACAAGGCCAACCGUGUGUUGAAGCCUGAGGCGCGCACCCGCGAUGUCAAGUUCUCGCCCACGGCAUCGACUGAGGGUCUGCUGAUCUACUCGCUUGACGAAACCAUGGUUUUCGACCCCUAUGAGCUCGACGAGGAUGUCACCCCCGAUACCAUACGCGAUCUCUCGCGCAAGGGCGACCACCUGCGCGCCCUGGUCAACGCCUUCCGCCUGAACGAAAAGUAUCUUAUCCGCGAAGUCUACGAGGCUAUCCCGCCUCUGGACGUCGUGCUGCUGACCAAGGAUUUCCCCGAGGCGUACUUGGAGCGGUUGCUUAAGUUCAUCGCUGGCAUAAUCGAGGCCAGUCAGUUGCUUGAGUUCCACCUGCGCUGGAUUUCGGGAUUGCUUUGCAAUCAUGGCUCGUUCGUCAAGACACGGUCGGCUGCGCUGCAGCCCGAUAUUGGCUCGGUUUGCGAUAAGAAUUAUUAUUCGCUGAACUACCUGCUUAUUCAGGGCAAGCGCCAGGCGGAAACCCUUAACGAUGACAACGACGCCUAUGAGACCGAUGGCGAGUUUGAUGAGGACGACGCUAUGAAUGUGGAUUCCGCUACCGCUUUUGUCGGUGCUUAGAGUACUCGUGUUUAAUUUUAAUUUCCAUUAUUUGUCCAAAAAAAUUGAUUCAAUAUUUAUUGUUAUUAGUGGCCGAUAACGCUGCACAGCGCGGAUAAAAAUUAUGUUUAUCAUGUGUU